AUGCCCCGCAGAGCACGUGCUAAAAGGCGAAAGCUUGUGGCCUCCCCACCGUCUCUGGGUGCUAAAAUCGUGAAUGAAGACAUUGCAGGUGCCAGCGUAUGUUCUUCGUCGUCUGCAGAUCUGAUUAACUCACAAAUCCCCUUAGUACAUGUAUAACGUCUUGACACUUCAGUCGUCCAAAAAUACGCCUCUGCUAGUCGUAGCAGGUCAUCAGCCGGUGAAAUAUUCGAUCGGUUGAUUUAUGGCGAAAUAAACAGCACUUCUGAACAAGUAAUUGAACAAGCAUUUAAACUUAUUGGGGUAAUCAGUUCGGAAACUGAGGAUAGAAUUAAACGCAAGCAUAAUUUCGUACUGCGAAACAUUCCGAGCCACUUAUCUGCUGUGGAGGAAGCGUAUUUGUUCCUACAAAGUUGUGGUUUGAGUUUCAGUGUCGCACAAGCCAAGCGACUUCGCUCGCUUAGCCGUAAUGCACCGAUAUUAGUUACCCUGUUUUCCAUGAUAGAAGUCGAUUUUAUCUUGUCGAGUAGGGAGAUAGCUAGAGAAUUCUGACGUAAAUGACGCUGCUCCGUUUUGCCAGACCUCACACCCCUGCAGCGAAGACUGAAUAAAUUAAAAUCGGCAAAAACCAACACCAAGAUAAUGACACCUACUUUCAGUCUGAAUAGGUCUGUAGCAGCCGCUCCAGCCCCCCUUUUCUCCGGCUCCGUUUUGUCGGUCGAUGGCCGUGACAAGCACUGACAGGCCGCUAACGCACGACCACCCCCGCCGGCUAGAACUGGGACACCUCCUGUCCAGCUGCAGUGACUCCCGGCUGCACUCAAAAACUAGUAUCGCCUAACGCGCGUCGAACGCUUUGGCUUGAUUCCCGUGAGGCCUUGUGAGUAUGCGCCCUCCACUCGUCCUCUAAUUUGUCCAAUCACACGACCACCACUCAGUCACCCCCUCCUGCUGACCUAGACACUCACACCCGCGUAAACAACACACACACCGCGACUGACGCUCUCCGUGAACGGACGCUUUUCUCUGUUGCAAGCAAACCGCCAACUUACGGCAACCUGCCCUGUGUACAGAAUAAACUAGUCCUCACAGCUCCCUGACUUCUGACAGUAGACGAAACGAACUUAUUGUGCGUGGUUUAAGUCGAUCACUCAUCCUUGACCGCCACAGGUCCUCCAAAACACCAUCUGCGGCAUCUGCACAUCACGGUAUAGUCAAUUUCGUAGGGAAUUCGACUACUUUUAAUGCUGAGCUCAUUAAACACACCAUCACGCCUGGUAUAAACACGCCUAUAUCGACUUUCCCAGAAACCCCCAGUAAGUCUAAGCAUGUGUCUAAGUCAAAGGCAAAUCCAAUUGCUGUUUCAUCCACUGGGACACCCGAUAAAUCGAGCACCAUAAUAAAAUCUUUUCCUCCACAAUCGGCUAACAGUGCCACAAAUACCCCGACUCAAAACGUAGCGUGUUCCAAACUGUCCCGCAGCCCUCAUAUCGAGGCAGUUAGGCCGAAUAUGCCGAUUUUUCCGCCGUUUAAUAAAACCCUUGCUCCAAUGGAAACAAUGCGUCCCCCACCCCCUAACUUGUUUCCUCCACAGCCGUUCUACCAAUGUAUUCCUCAUGCUAAUGUCUGUACUGGAUCAGUUAACUCGUCCAAUCCUCAGUUUCGUUCCGGCGGGAAUGUAUUGCGGUAUCUGCCCCGCGGAUUUUCAUCUGAAAGUAAGUUAGCUUACAAUGGUUACCAGUUCAUCUGCCCGUCAAUCUUUCCCCCAAAUACUACCCCUUUUUAUCCACGUCAUAAAUUCUCGAUGCCACAAAAUUUUUUUCAGAACCGGAAGUUUGCAUCCGGACCGUUUGCUCCGUGGGCAACCCAGCGCUGGACGAUGUAGCCCACCUACCUCAGAAAAUAACAGCCUUUCCCUUCAAACUUUUUGUUUUAAAUGCCAGAUCCUUGCUUAAUAAGAUGCCUUUGCUUCAGACUCUGGUGUUCGCCCAUUGUCCAGAUAUUGUUUUAGUAACUGAGACGUGGGCAUCAGCCUCAGUAGCUGACUCCGAACUCUCGCAUCUAUGCUAUUAUUGCAUUCGGAAUGACCGCCAAGAUAGCCGUGGUGGGGGAAGCUGCGUCUACGUUAAGCAAACACUUACAUUUUUGCCGCUUGACCUCCCGCAUUUUUCCGCAGUAGAAGGCAGCUGCUGGAUCCAGGUUACUCUAAAAAAUAAGUUCUCUUUACUCGUUUGCUGUGUCUUUCGCCCUCACAACGCCAACGAAAAUUUCGACCGUUUACUCUCACAGGAAUUUCAUGCUGCGGCCGACUCAAGCUUUAAGUAUAAAUUAGUUGCGGGUGACUUUUAUCUCCCCGAAGUCCGCUGGUCUCCGCCUUCAGGCCCCAGAAGGUUCGAAGACAUACUUGAGGCUGUGGAUGUCGGGAUGUAAACUCAGGUUGCCGAUUUUCCCACCCGAGGAUCAAGCAUACUUGACCUUAUUUUUUAUAGAGGCUGCACGCCAUCGUCAGUGUCAUCCCUAGGCCCACUCGGGGGCCCAGACCAUGACAUAGUUGUUUCAACGUUGGAAUUCGAGGCUGACAAAACGUCUUCCCCAAAACAUAACUUUAUCCGCGAUUUCCGAUCAACUCGCUCAACCGAAUUAUUAACACUCCUUAAUUCCUACGACUGGACUGAUUUUUUCCUUAGUUCGGAUGUAAUUGUUUGCGCUGCAAAACUUUACGAAAUUUUGGAUCCGCUUAUCUCUCGUUGUGUUCCCCGUAAGAAAAUUAUUAAUGUUGGGGAUGAGGUUUUCUUUCCCUUACCCUUUCGUCGCAGAUUGCGCAGGCUUUAUCGUCGAUUCCAUCUUCAGAACGACGUUUCUGUCCUGCCCUUGAUUUGUGAUAUUUUUGAGCGGGCUAAGAGAUUGUCUGAAGAAAAACAGUUAGCCGAUGAGGUUCAGUUUACCGAAACCCAUUCGGUAAAUGUCUCGAAACUUUUCUCUAUAAAAAUACGAACUCACCAAAAGACGCAGCUUCCCAUCCUCCGAGACGCUCUCGGAAAUCUCAUAGUUGUAGCCCAGUUAACCGCUGAUAGCUUCAAUGAUUUCCUAUCCAAAACGUUUAUUGAAGACUCGACCACUCCGCUUCAGACCAUCCAGUCAUUGACUAGGGCAGUCCUAGCAACUAUAAAUUUCCCUCUGUGGGAUGUGACUAUUUCGAUUCGGCGUUUUCGUCAAUCUUAUAGUCCAGGCCCUGAUGGUGUCCCAGUAAGCAUUUUAAAAUCCGAUGCAAAUACGAUUUUCCCAUCCCUCUUAUGCAAGAUAUUUAAUCUCGCUCUUGAAAUUGAAACUUAUCCUACAUUGUGGAAGGAAUCGCACAUUUCGCCCAUUCUUAAGCACGGCAAAUCCACGUCAUUUGAUGACUUCCGGCGAAUUAACACCCCCCGCAGUUUCGAAGAUCUUCGAGACAUUGGUGAAAGAUAAGAUGAUGUGUCACUUAACAGUGAAUAACUUACUGAGUGCUGCUCAGCAUGGAUUCCCCAAAGCUCGAUCUUUUGAAAUCUGUCAACUCUCUUUCUUCGACUUUAUUCUCCAGUCUAGGAACAAUGGUUCUGCACUUUACACAGUAUAUUUCGAUUUCACUAAGGCUUUUCAUCGUGUUGAUCAUGCUCUUCUGCUCUUGAAACUGUCCUCUUUCGGAAUAGGUGGCAAACUUUUGGAUUUUAUAUCCUCUUACCUGGGCAAUCGUACACAACGAGUUAAGAUUUCCAUUACUAUCUCCAGCCGUGCACGUGUGAGGAGUGGAGUCAUUCAGGGUAGUGUACUCGGCCCACUUAUAUUUAGCCUUUUCGUUAAUGAUGUACCCGAUUUAUUUCAGAAUGGUAAGCCUUUUAUGUAUGCUGAUGAUCUUAAAGUUGCAUAUCGAUAUAAGCCGGCAGAUCACGACAUCGUGCUCGAGCUCCUAAACAACGAUCUACAGACUUUUGCCCAGUUGUGCCGCACAUGGCGCCUUUCUCUCUCUUGGCAUAAGUACUCAGUCAUGGUGGUUGGCGACGACCGCCAACCUCAACUAAGUAUUGAAGGUCACGCCAUAAAUGUGCCUGGGGUUAUUAAGGAUCUGGGCUUAUCGUAAUCCAGGAGCCUCAAUCUCUCGGAACACUGUGCCUUGAUAGUCUCCAAAGCACGUAGAACGACCGGGUUUAUCCUCCGAAAUUUUAAAACUAGGUACAUUAGAAUGCGCCUUUACAACAUGUACUUUAGACCUGGCCUGGAAUACUGUUCGUUUUUAUUUAGCCUCAUGCGUGCUACUGAGCGAAAGAAAAUAGAAUCCGUUCAACACUUUUUACCAAGAGAAUUUUAACCCCGGAACACCGACAUUUGUCUUACCAAGAACGUUGCCUGCUUACGGGCCUUGAUCCUUUAUGGUUCCGUAGAUUACAAAAGGGACUAUUUUUGCUAUUUAAACUCUUAUAUAAUCAUACAUUUAACUCACUGACCUCAUUAAGACAUCAUAUCCACCCACGACGUAACAGUCACCGUGAGGUCUUUUUAUUUCUCCCUCUGGCACGUACUGUUAAAUAUCGUCGGUCCUAUUCUGUAAAUGCAAUUGCUAUUUGGAAUAAGCUACCCAUGAGUGUGAAAACUCUGCAAAAUUUUCCUUUAUUUAAGAGAACUAUUACUCGAUUUUUGCUUUCAAAAAAGCUUCCACAAAUUUUGGGUGUUGAAUCCACUGAUCGACUCUACCGUAGCGAUGGCGUUAGUGGUUUCUGAACACUAUGGCCGGUCUCGCCAGCUGUCUCUCAACGCCUCUACUUGGACUAUUCCCAACUUUAUGAAAGGAAUUGACGUCUGAUAAUCUCCGAUACCGUGCAAUCCCCCCCCCCCCCUUCUUGACGGUCGAAACUCUACUACCAGUAGUUUUUUUUCUCCUGGACCCUCAAAACCAUGAAACCACCAUCAACUGUAUUUUUAUUUUUCUCUAAUUCAGGAGUUUUUUUUCACUGCUGAAGAGGACGUUCCUGCCUCUCAAAUCUGCUAGCUUGUCUGGAGAUCUGGACCAGGGCUCUAGAAGAGGGUUUUGAGGUCGAUGUCGUGUACAUCGAUUUCCGCAAAGCCUUUGACACUGUCCCACACCAACGUCUUCUUCACAAAUUGAGCGACAUUGGCAUCCAGGGAGAUCUUCUGAACUGGAUUAGGGCGUUUCUGGUUGGUCGGAAACAACGUGUCUGUAUCGGGGAUGAUAUGUCAGAAUGGGUGAAUGUGACCAGUGGUGUGCAGCAAGGCUCAGUUCUGGGACCAUUGCUCUUCAUCCUUUACGUUAACGACAGCCUUCAGGAACUCGACUGCGGCAAAAUAAUGUUUGCAGACGACGUUAAGCUCUGGCAAGUCAUUAAGGGUCCGAAUGAUCAGAGAUCCCUUCAAGAUAAUCUGCACCGACUGCAAGCGUGGUCGAAGAAAUAGCUUUUAGAUUUCAAUGUGGAGAAGUGUGCCGCCCUUCAUCUGCGUCCAACCAACUCUCAUUCAAAUGAGAGUCCGAGGACUUAUCACCUGAAAGAUAUAAGGCUCCCCGCAGAAUCUUCACAGAAGGAUCUCGGGGUUUGGAUACAGAACAACCUGAAACCAACACUGCAGUGUCACAAGGCUGCAAAAAACGCCAUGGGAGUGCUGCAUGCAAUAAAAAGGGCUUUCGUAAAUUUUGACGAAGACCUUUUUGGGAGAGUUUACGGCACAUUUGUUCGGCCCCACUUAGAAUAUGGCAUACAAGCAUGGCGGCCAUGGCUGGUAAAGGACCAAGAAUGCCUCGAACGGGUACAACGGCGUGCAACAAAGCUGGUAAACGGUCUAAAAAGCCAUUCCUACACAGACAGACUGAAUUGCCUUAAUUUAUUCCCUCUGUGUUACAGGCAGCAAAGAGGUGAUCUUAUCCUCGUCUACAAGAUAAUACAUGGCCUUGAGUAUGGACUUAAAUUUGAGGACAUGUUUCAGUGGCAUCUUUCACCCAAUCUUCGUGGUCACUCGAUGAAGUUACGGACAACAAUGUCCAGGCUGAAUCUUGGUUCUGAGUUUUUCACGCAGAGGGUAGUGGAGAAAUGGAACGAUCUCCCUCAGUCAGUCGUGGAGGCUACAUCCCUGCAACUCUUCAAGAAACGCUUGGAUGAUUAUUUUUGUCCCCUGUUUUCCCUCGACGGUCUGAAUCUGAACUAAUACCCCUGGUCCCCACAAAUAUUUCCUCUGAGACAAUGCUACUCAAAUGAACCAAGUACUGUUUUUAUAGUGAAUAUUUUUGUUCGUGUACAGUUAUUUCUAACGAGCUGACAUGUAAUUAAUAGGGUUUUCAAAGGCUUUGCCUAUUAUCCUUACCAAAUAAACUGAAAUAAACUGAAACUGGUCGGAUUUGUGUUUAAUCACUUUCCUUGACAAUGCCUGUAAACUGGCAUUGAAUAAAUUACUAUUACUACCAUUCUAUCUGCGCAUUUAACCAUGUUUCUGUUAAAGCUAUCAAGUCGGGUUGGAAAUGGGCCACGGUGAGUUUUAUUCCUUCCAAUUUGUUGAAUAAAUUCUGCACAUUUGUGCACAUCAUUCUUAUAUUAUUCGGCUGUUAAGAUCUCUGAAAAUUGUUUGCUGGUGCUUUUGACUGAUAAUUAUUACUGCAUAUUUCACAUGGCGUACCAUGUUCAUUAGUCGAUUGUGCAUUUACUGCAUGGUUUUUUACCAGAUCGCUCUUGUGAAACAUGUCAUCUGUCGUUUCUCGAUCUACUUACCUCUCUUCGUAAUGAUCACCUAUCUGUUGUCGUUAUUUAUUUUGAUCUUAGUAAAGCCUUUGAUAAAGUACCACAUAAAAGACUCUUGAUUAAAUCGGAAGCUAUGGGAAUUCGCAGUCCACUAAUAGACUUUCUCAGGUCAUACCUGGCUAAUCGUAAACAAAAGGUUUUGGUGGGAUCUUCACUUUCCAGUGAAAGUCCUAUUGUAAGCGGUGUCCUACAAGGUACCGUUUUAGGUCCUCUUUUGUUCAUGCUUUACAUAAAUGAUAUUUCAGCAGCAGUUAAACAUUCUCAAUCAUUUAUUUAUGCCGAUGAUCUCAAAUGUGUAUAUUCUCUCAAAAAAUCUACGAGCCUUCAUUGCCUGGAGCAAAUCCAUGCUGACUUGCUUGCGCUGUCAACUUGGAGCUCAAAAUGGCUAAUGGAAUUCUCUCCGUCUAAAUGUCGUUAUAUGUGUUUUGGACCUGAUAGGCUACCCCAACCUGUGGUCUUUCAAGGCACGCCUAUGACUGAAUGUACCACCAUCAAGGAUUUAGGUUUAAGCUACACUAGUAAUCUUGAUCUCUCGCCGCAUGCUGACAGAAUUACAGCCAAAGCUGCCCAGAUUUGUGGCUUUAUUUCUUACAAUUUCUAUCUUCCUGAAAUUAAAUUAAGGCUCUAUCGUAUGUUUGUACUUCCCAUUCUCGAGUAUUCUUGCCCAUUCUUUGGUUUAAUGAAUGAAGCCAGUCGUUUAAAAAUUGAAAAUGUCCAAAGACGUUUUUCUAAAAAACUUUUAGAUAGGGAACAUCCCAAUAUCUCCUACUCAGAUAGAUGCCAGCUAAUUAACCUAAAAUUUUUAUGGGUUUGAAGACUAGAAGCGGGCUUCUGUCUCCUCUUUCGCAUUAAUCAUAGUUCAAAUUUUCCCCGGAUUUCAACACUUACCCCUAGUAGUCGUCCAUACAAUCUUCGCAACUCGUCUCUAAUUAUACCUCCUCCAGCGUCCUCCACCUCUAAGCGCUCCCUUUUUUUCGCUUCCAGGUAUACUUUCCUCUGGAAUAACCUUCCAAUAAAUAUAAGAUCUUCAGAAAAUCUACACACAUUUAAGAGAAGGCUACGCCUUUAUCUGAAUACUGACUCGAUUAAACUUUUAUUUUCCUCAUCCUUCCCAGACAACUUUUUCUAUGACACUGAGAAUGGGCCACCGGGAAUUUAGCAUGCCGCUAUUAAAUUUCCGUAUCUGUUCACGUUUCCUUCCUUUAUGAGUAGUCUCGCUACCUAAGAUCCCUCACCAGAAAUGUUAAUUAUUCCAAUUUUUCAGUUCAUGCAUCGUGCCCUCACAGAAUGCGCACCAUCGAUGCUCUUGGCAAAACCUUCUGUAUUCGCCAUAUACUAGUAGUCUGGUCGCAUCUCCUCUGCCCUGUCCUCGCAUGGACUCUGAUGAAUGUAACAGACCGCAUCUGGGUUCCUAUCGCCUCGGGACUGAUCUUCAUGAUGCCCUCACUGAAUGCGCUCCAUCGACGCUCUUGGCGAAGCCUUCUAUAUUCGCCAUAUACUAGUAAUCUGGUCGCAUCUCCUUUGCCCUCUCCUCGGAUGGACUCUGAUAAAUGUAACCGACCGCAUCUGGGUUCUUGUCGCCUCGAGACUGGUUGUCAUCGUGCCCUUACAGAAUGCGCUCCAUCGGCGGUCUUGACAAAGCAUUCUAUAUUCGCCAUAUACUAGUAGUCUGGUCGCAUCUCCCUUCCCCCAUGUUCGGAUGGACUCGGUUGAAUGAAACCAACCGCAUCUGGGUUCCUAUCGCCUCGGGAUUGAUCUUCAUGAUGCCCUCACUGAAUGCGCUCCACUGACGCUCUUGGCGAAGCCUUCUAUAUUCGCCAUAUACUAGUAAUCUGGUCGCAUCUCCCUUAACCCAUCCUCGGUUGGACUCGGAUGAAUGUAACAGACCGCAUCUGGGUUCUUGUCGCCCCGGGACUGGUUGUCAUUGUGCCCUUACAGAAUGCGCUCCAUCGGCGGUCUUGAAAAAGCCUUCUAUAUUUGCCAUAUACUUGUAGUCUGGUCGCAUCUCCCCCCAUGCUCGGAUGGACUCGGUUGAAUGAAACCGACCGCAUCUGGGUUCCUAUCAGCUCGAGACUGGUUUUGAAUUUCGCCACUUAUUUUUCUUAUUCAAGGCGAUACAGGCCAGUCCUGACCGACCCGCCUACGUACCAUUUUAUGAAAUCCGUUUCACAAUGCCAUAUACAGCUGACAUUUAUUUCGGCCAUGUUGAUGUCGGACUAUAUUCCAUUCUGUACCGCCACAUGCAGGCCAGUCCUCUCUGUAUUUUUCUGAUGCUAUUUUUCUGAGGGUUUUUUUUCUCCUGUUAAACUACUAUAAUCAUUUUUAAAUUUUGCUUUGGAGUUUUUUUUUCACCCCUCGUUUUUUUAAUUUUCAUUUUGCUUAACGGACUUCUAAUCUCAAAAACUAUGUAUUGCACUUUGUACAGAUUUUGCCUACCUCGUCUAAAAUUCGCAUGUAAAUUUAUUUUUACUUGCUUUGAUGGGACACCGACCGGUCUUUAAUAAAAAUAAUUGAAUUGAAUUGAAUAGACCGAAUGUGUACUUGUUCUCUUUUGUUGUUUUUUUGAAAAUCUUCGCAAGGAAAAGGGCAAGCCACUGGUUAUAAAUUUGAAGAUAAGUGGAAGAUAUUAUUUUAAGUGCUUUUUUCUAUGAGACCUAACGACUUUAGCUCCUACUUUUCGUGAAAUUUCCUUAAAUAUAGGCUUAUUCAUUCAGAACAGCCUGUUGUCAUCUCCUUUUUGAGUUCUGCUUGUCUAUGCCUGUUAAUCACCGGUCGCAUUCUGCAGUUCGCAUUUUGUGCAUUCGAUUUUUCUCUAACUGUGUAGUUUACUUUUACAUCGUUAUCCUCUAGCUGAAAUUCAGUCACCUUGUUUACCAGAAGUUUUCUUAAUCACAACUGGCCUCCAGACAAGAUGAGAGCAAAAGUCACAGGUUGGCCUAAGCUCUCGACCUCUGUACGUAAGCUUGGCUUAACUAAAUAUAAGUCAGAAGCCUUACCCAAAUCUAAGUCAGCAGUUAUAACUAGUCAGUCGUCACCCGUUGUAAUGGGUCGGCAGCUUACUCUGUCUGCACUUGACAAUUGCAAUGAUUUUUUGCAAAAGUUUGGCAUUUUGCUGUCAAUUCUUGGAAAUUUGUUCGACGGGGACAUCUCCGAGAUACCCUCUGAAGAAUGUAGGCGUCCUGACACACUUGUUCACCUGAUAGCCAGUGAAUUUAGUGAGAGACAAAAGCGGGCUUACAACUUUUUGUUAAAAAGAUUUCCUCGAUCUGCUCGGCCAAUUGAUGUUGCCACCGAUUUCCUGUAUUCAUGCGGGUUCAACUACUAAAUAGCCGAUGGUAAACGCUUGUCCUCCCGUAGCAAAAAUCCACCCAUCUUAGUCAAAUUAUUUUCAUCAAUUGAAGUUAACACAAUCUCGGCCCAUCGAGAUCGUGUCACUGAGUACCUGGAAAAUGCAAAAUCUCUCCUUUGUCAUGACCUUACUCCUACGGAGCGUAGAAUUCAAUUAUUUUUAUUCAAGGCCCGUCGGGUUUCUCUUCUCACAUAAACCCACCGCUUCUCAGUCUAAUGCUCACCAACUCCGUCAUAAUAGAAGUGGCCGUAAAGAUUCAGCUUGUCCUACUCCUGCGACAUCUGACUCCCUCCUUCCCCUUACUCCUACAUAUACAUCUCAUUAAAGCCAUUUGGCGUAUUUGGCUACCCCUAAACUAAUAGCAGCAGCAGCAGCAGCAGCAGCAGCAGCAGCAUCAGCAGCAGCAGCAGCAGCAGCAGCAGCAGCAGCAACAACAGCAGCAGCAGCAGCAGCAACAGCAGCAACAGCAGCAGCGGCUCCAUUUGUCGUUUCGUAUCCUCCGGAUAGUUCCGCUGGGACAUACAAAAAUCAAUCUACAUCAGUUAGACCCAUAA